UGAAAAAUGAAAUUCCUACUGAUUUCCGCCGCUAUUGUCGCCCUGGCCAUCGCUGUGCCCACGCAGCGCGCACUGGUUGCACCUGAUGUAGCUGGUCCCGCGCCUAUUGUGAUUCCUGACAUCUCUGGCCCCGCUCCUAUAGUGAUUCCUGACAUCUCUGGUCCCGCUCCUAUUGUCGUUCCCGAUCCUGACAUUUCUGGUCCCGCCCCGAUUAUUGUUCCUGAUCCUGAUAUCUCUGGACCUGCUCCUAUUGUCGUUCCUGAUCCUGACAUCACUGGUCCUGCUCCCAUAGUGAUUCCUGAUCCUGAUCUUUCUGGCCCCGCCCCCAUUGUCGUGCCCGAUCCUGACAUUACUGGCCCCGCUCCAAUUGUCGUGCCCGAUCCUGACAUUACUGGCCCCGCACCCAUUGUUGUACCUGAUCCUGAUAUCUCUGGACCUGCUCCUAUUGUCAUUCCUGAUCCUGACAUUACUGGGCCAGCUCCCAUCAUUGUUCCUGAGCCAGAGCCCAUUGCAGUUGGCCCAGCACUCAUUGAUAACUUCGAACCCAUCGUUGUUGGACCUGCUCUCGUUGAUGAUUUUGAAACUGCGCCUGUUGGAGUUGAACCUAGCAAGAAUCCUGUUGUUCAGAUCAUACUGAACAUCAAUCAAGCUCAGAUUACUCCCGGAGUCGUAGGUGAACCCGUACAGAUCAUCGAAGUCCCUAUUGAAAUACCCGCAGAGCCUGUCCAUAUCGUUGAAAACGCCCCCGAGACGGUGUAAGUCUACAUCCAGAACCAUAUAGAGGAACCACACCUGUAGAACUCAUUUGCUCCUCAAAUUGUUCCUGAUCACUUAAUAACGCUUCAAAAUAUACUAGAAAAGAUUAUUAAGGGUAUAAAUUUAAAGAUGAAUUCCUAAAGUCUAAAAAACAUUUGUGUGGAAAUUGAUGUUAUUCAUAUGGAUCUGUUAUAAUGAUAAUAGAUAUGUAAAUAUUUUUUUUAUAUUAUGUUAAAUAAACUAUACACGAAUGCAAA